AUUUGUUGGUUAGUGUACUAACCACUGGUUAGUCUACGACAUUGCGCUUCCACAAAGUGCUAAACACGUGGUUUAAUAUUAUCAACACGUAGAGGAAAUUAAUUUUGCAAAUUUAACAACAAAACAGUGGAAGUUAACGCUGGCCCCGCUGACCAGCGGGCCCGUGCUGGUGUCGGCUCCACCCCCGCGUUUCUCAGCUGUUCUUGUCAAAUAAACGGUACAUGUUCAUGUAAAGGCCAGUCGCACGGAUAAAUAGUAAAUUUUUUCAUCAGCUGAAGAGGUAAAUAACUUCGAGCAAACAUUCAAGUGUUAUAAAGAAAUACGUUUAUGUGGAGACAGCUGUCAGUAUUUUUGGCAUUCCUGGCAUCGCCACACCCACCAAACUGACUGUGCGUGUGAACAUAACGUUAAUUAACGGAGCCGCUGAGCUAAAGCUGAUGUUAGCGCGUGUAACGUUAACGGUACGUUGAACAACAAGCUGCCAUGGCUGCAGGCGGGCCCCAAGGGCCAGGGGCCACUCAUUUGGCCACGAAGGUGGAGCUGACCAUCUCCUGUGAGAACCUCAUGGACAUGGAUGUCUUCUCUAAGUCUGACCCUCUGUGUGCUGUUUACAUCAACACCACAGGCUCCCAGUGGUAUGAGAUUGGGCGCACAGAGAUGAUCCUGAACAACCUGAACCCAAAGUUUGCCAAGAAGUUUGUUCUCGACUACUACUUUGAGAUGGUGCAGAAGAUGAAGUUUUCUGUGUAUGAUAUUGACAAUGACACACCUGACCUGAGUGAUGACGAUUUUCUCGGGGAGCUUGAAUGUACCCUGGGCCAGAUUGUCUCUAAUAGGCAGAUGACUCGGCCUUUAAUGCUGAGAAACCACAGGCCUGCAGGUCAUGGGACCAUCACAAUCUGUGCUGAAGAAAUAACAGACAACAGAAUGGCAAACUUCGAGGUGUAUGGCCGCAGGCUGGACAAAAAGUAUUUGUGGUGGUCAGACCCUUAUCUGGAAUUCUACAAGCAGACGGAAACUGGAUGGCAGCUGGCUCACAGGACAGAGGUGGUAAAAAACAACUUAAACCCAAUAUGGAGACCCUUCCGGAUCCCACUGCGAUCUCUCUGUGCAGGAGAUCCGGAGAAACCUGUGAAGGUUUACUGUUAUGACUAUCAUGUCAACGGCUCCCACAGCCUAAUUGGGAGCUUUCAAACCACACUUGCAGAGAUGCAAACCGCAACACCCAUCUGCCCGGCUGAAUUUGAGUGCAUCAACCACAAGAAGUUAAAGAAGAAAAACUAUAAAAACUCUGGGGUCAUCUGCAUCAAGAGCUGCCAGGUGGUGAAGGAGUUUACCUUCCUGGAUUAUAUUAUGGGGGGCUGCGGGAUCAACUUCACUAUCGCCAUUGACUUCACAGGCUCUAACGGGGAUCCCAGAACUCCAGAGUCCCUCCACUAUAUCAACCCUGAAGGCUAUAAUGAAUACCUGACAGCCAUCUGGGCGGUGGGCAAUGUCAUCCAGGACUACGACAGUAACAAGAUGUUUCCCGUCUUUGGCUUUGGAGCUCAGGUCCCUCCCUCCUGGCAGGUUUCCCAUGAGUUUCCUAUCAAUUUCAAUCCAGCAAAUCCAUUCUGCUCCGGCAUAGAGGGUGUUGUGAGUGCCUACCAGCAGUGUCUACCUCAACUGAAGCUCUGGGGACCAACCAACUUCUCUCCAAUUAUCAACCACGUCGCCUGCUUCGCCAGGCAAGCUUUCCGGCAGCACACGGCCUCACAAUACUACGUGCUGCUCAUCAUCACCGAUGGCGUGAUCACGGACAUGGACCAGACACGCACUGCUAUUGUAGAAGCCUCUUAUCUGCCCAUGUCCAUCAUCAUAGUGGGUGUGGGCAGGGCAGACUUCAGCGCGAUGGAGUUCCUCGACAGCGACGACAAACUGCUGCGUUCGGCCAGAGGAGAUGUCGCCGCAAGAGACAUCGUCCAGUUCGUGCCCUUCAGAGAUUUCCAGGGAAACAGCGUGGCCCUCGCCCAGAGCGUCCUGGCCGAGCUGCCCGAUCAAGUGGCUUCCUUCUUCAAUUCUUACAAGCUGAGACCACCUAAUAUAUUCAGUGUUUCUGAUCCGUCCUAGAGAGGAUGCUCGGAUUGCCUUGUGUUUACUGCUUAUCUGCUUCUUCUGCAAUCCUCGCUGCAUUUAUCGCACGGAACGGCACAAAUCAACGCCAAGAAACGAACACCGAUAAAAAUAUAAACGAUAAAAGAUUAUAACGAAACUACAAUCUGUGACUGGAAUUUUCAGUAAUGGUUUAAACCUGAUGGGACUGAUUAAAAUGUAUAAAAGUUCAUGAACAAUGAUGAUUAUAAUUAUAUAAUUAACCUCAAAUCUGCGGCUGGAUUUUCUGUAGUGUUUUAAGUUUGGUUUGACUUGAUGUGAAGUUCCUUAAGGUAGACAGGAUGGCUUUUAUAGUACACUAUAAUAUUAAAUAAUCAUUGUAAAAAUAAUCAGAAUAUACUCUGUCCACUGAGAAUGUAACACUUGACAUGUUGGUAUGGCUUUGUCGAUUAACUGUCAUUAUUUCCUUUAUAUUUCAUUAUUUUGUACAGGUUUUUCACUCUUUUCCCUGUAUUACCUUUCCUCUGCUGUUACUUUUGUGAUGCAAGCCAUAUUUUAUUUAAUAUAAGACAAACUUUGUGUCUUUUUCAAAUUAGAAUCAACCGAAUGAGGAGUGAGGAGCUCACGAAGGUUGUGGUGUGUUUUCUGUCUGUCCAGACACUGAGCUGUGAAAGGGGUCGUGUGGUCAGGUGGCGUUGUACUGGUGGUUUCAGCGGCACCAACACCUUCACAGUGAUGUGACCCUGCUCUGUCAGAGCUUGUGUGUACAAGUCCUGGUCACUUUUUGUAUAUGAGAACUUAAUUUAUGUAUAGAGGGAAGUGAUUUUGAGCAUGAUUUGUAUUUUACUGCCAAGUUUGAGCUUUACCCUGAUACUGUCCGUUACGUUAUGGAAUUGCAACAUAGGAGAUCAGUGACAUGUGCAAGCUUCCACUGCACCCUGCUAUGAGAAGAAGAGAUUUUAACUGUUAUCUCCUGUUGUACCUGUGCCGUGCAAGACUGAACACAGUGACCGCAGACAUGUUACUUCCUCUGUUAACUGUGGUUUUACUCUGUUGGUGGGAACAACGACAGGUAGACAUAAGUCACGCCAAAGUUCAGUAAACUUUAUUGAGGUUUGUCUUGCUUUCCAACAAACAUGUAUUACUGCAUGAAAAUAAAAACGAUACGCCCUGCCACUGAG